AUGUCGGGGUUUCCGCCGUUCGGUCAAUCCAAUUCCGGUGGAGGGUUCGCGUUCGGAUCUUCCUCCGCCACUGGUUCCUCUUCUACUUCAUCUACCGCAUCCCCUCUAGCUUUCUCCUUCAACCAAUCUUCAAACCCUAGCUCCGCCGGAGCUCCCGGAUUUGGAUUCGGAUCCACCGUAUCAGCUCCUGCUUCGUCCGCAGCUCCAUCAUUUGGGUUUGGAACCCCCGCAUCCACCGGUUUCGGGUUCGGAUCCUCUGCUGCUUCCUCUCCAUCAUUUGGAUUUGGAACAGCCGCGUCUUCAUCCGCCUCUGCUCCCUCGCUGUUUGGAUCAUCCACCAACGCUUCCGCGGCUGCUCCGGGCUCUUCUCCUUUCGGGUUCGUGACUUCAACGGCCUCUCAGCCUGCUACUUUUUCAUCUGCGACUGGUUCAGCACCAUCUCCCUUCGGAACCUCUUCCUCCUCAACCCCGUCUUCAUCGCCAUUUGGAGCGCCAGCCAGUGGUUCAAAACCCCUCUUUGGAUCUUCCUCUUCCUCUUCAACCCCAUCUUCAUCACUAUUUGGAGCGCAAGCCAGUGGUUCAACACCCCUCUUUGGAUCUUCCCCAUCCUUAUUCGCCGCUCCUUCAUCUGCCGCCGGCUCGAAUUCCCCUCUCUUCGGGACAUCCUCAUCGGCCGCUGGUCCAACUGCUCCUCUUUUUGGCGCGCCCUCGUCAGGCACCGGCUCCACAUCUUCCAUAUUUGGCGCGUCCUCAUCAGCCUCUGGCUCCUCACCGUCCAUCUUUGGCUCGACAGGCACCGGCUCUACACCUUCCAUAUUUGGCGCGUCCUCAUCAGCCUCUGGCUCCUCACCGUCCCUCUUUGGAGCCACCGGUUCGUCACCGUCCAUCUUCGGAUCGUCUUCUACCGCUGGUUCAACACCGUCUCUCUUUGCGUCGUCCUCGUCAGGCGCAGCAGCUUCUUCACCAUCGCCGUUUGGAGUACCCACCAUCGCUUCCUCUACUACAACGAAUCCCACGCCUGCCUCGGCUUCUCCAUUCUCCGCUUCUACGGGAUUCUCUUUCUCGAAAAGCACAGGAAGUUCGACCCCUACGAUCUCUACUUCUGCUCCUUCACUAACGGCUUCAUCUUCCUCCUCGUCUUCGUCUUCAUUCUCAUUUGGUACACCCGCGAGUUCAGGCUUUCAAUCUUCUGCGGGGUUUAGUCUUUCGACCGCAAGCUCCGCCCCUGCAUCUAGCGCAUCCCCAGCAGUGUUUUCCAUUGCAACCACCACCACUACUUCUUCGACGACUCCCGCUGCCACUAGUGCACCAUCUUCUUCAGCUGCAGCUUCUACGUCGAUUUUCCCUUCUUUUGGUGUGGGUUCAUCUGCAGCCAACAGCACUCCGGCUACUUCUGCUGCUACAGGAUUUGGUUUAAAUAGCUUGACUUCUGCCGCUGGAACUACUAGCUCUUUUACUGGUUUUGGUGUAGCCCAGACAUCAACGCCUGCAUCAUCUUCUCAACCAAAAACUACUACUGCUGCUCUCUCAUUCAGUAUUCCAUCUUCUACAUCUACGGCUGCUCCUGCUGCCAGUUCUGCAACUACAACACAGACAUCACUUGUUGUGGCUUCGAGUAGUGGGACAAGCACAACUGUUGCAGCUCCAGUGACUGGUGCUCCCAAGUUGCCAUCUGAAAUAACUGGCAAAACUGUUGAGGAGAUUAUCAAGGAGUGGAAUACUGAGCUACAAGAACGUACAGGGAGAUUCCGGAAACAGGCAAAUGCAAUUGCAGACUGGGAUAAGCGGAUCUUGCAGAACCGUGAUGUUCUUUUGAGGCUUGAGAUUGAAGUUGCAAAAGUGGUUGAAACGCAAUCUAGUUUGGAACGACAGUUGGAAUUAAUUGAGACUCAUCAACAAGAGGUUGACAAGGCUUUGCAAAGCAUGGAGGAAGAGGCUGAGCGUAUAUAUAAUGACGAGCGGAAAUCACUUCUUGACGAUGAAGCAGCAUCAACAAGAGAUGCAAUGUACGAACAGUCUGAGCUUGUAGAAAGAGAAUUGGAGCAUAUGACUGAACAAAUCAGAUCUAUAAUACAAUCCGUAAAUGCAAACCAGGGUGGAGAACUUGAAGCAGUAGAUGGGAUGAGUCCACUGGAUGUAGUUGUCAGGAUCUUGAACAAUCAACUCAGUUCCUUAAUGUGGAUUGAUGAGAAAGCAGAGGAAUUCUCUUCUCGGAUUCAAAAGAUCGCGUCUCAAGGCUCUGGUGCAGACCGUGAACUGAUGGCUCCAAAGCACUGGAUGUCUUGA